AUGACGUGCGGUCCUAUUCAGUAUGAAGUGCCCAACAUCACAUCUUAUGUGACAAAUGUCAUGGGAAGUCGAUGUCAAUCGAAGGCAAUUUGGAUCCCGACUGUGAUCACCUAUUCAAUAAUUUUUAUCGUCGGUGCUGUCGGCAACAUAUGCACGUGCUUGGUAAUCGUUCGCAACAAAUCCAUGCAUACACAUACAAAUUUCUACCUGCUCAGCCUCGCUCUUUCCGAUCUCCUUGUCUUGUUUCUAGGUCUACCCAUGGAGACUUAUGCUAUAAUCGAUUACGUCUAUCCAUAUGAAUUUCAAGAAUGGAUAUGCAAAGGCCGAGCAUAUCUAAUUGAAUUCACUAGCUAUGCUUCGAUUCUUGUGAUCUGCUCGUUUACUGUGGAGAGAUGGCUCGCAAUUUGCCACCCCCUUCGAUCGCAAUCAUCGCCCAAAGUCUCUAGAGCCUACUUCACUGUUAUUGCGAUGUGGGCGCUGUCUGCCAUUGCUGCCUUUCCCAUUGGUGUCAUCGUUAAGAUAAACCGUCUCCCACUUCCUGCUUGGGCUCAGGACCAGCCAUGGACCAAUCUGAUCUCGAGUGACGGAUCUACACUCAUGAAAACGGAAUUCUGUGCUAUGGACAUUGCACAACAGAAGUUCCAGAAACAGAUAAUCUACUUUGCGUUUUUCGCAUUUUUCGUAAUUCCUGCCUUUCUCAUAACAAUGAUGUACUCCCACAUUGCAUUACGUAUAGCAUCGACAGAUUCGCUUCUAUGCGUGGACAAAAAGGCUGAGCGUACAAGAGCUUCUCAAAAUGUGAUCAAGAUGCUUGUGUCUGUGGUCGUCUCAUUUUUUCUGUGUUGGCUGCCGUUUCACAUUCAACGUCUACUUUCGCUGUACAUGACAUACAACGAAGGACAUGUUUCGCCAGCAAUAGAAAUUUUCUCCACUUUAAUCUUCAACAUAUCAGGAUGCUGCUACUAUUCCAACUCUGCCAUCAAUCCUGUUUUGUACAAUUUAUUCUCUGAAAGGUACAGAAAAGCGUUUUUUCGCACAAUUCUUGGCAAGCAUAUUGCGAAGAGGAUCCUACCGGAAUGGUAUCAGAAGAAAUCUGGAAUGCCCUCUAACGCAGAAUACACAUCUACUCAUAGAGCCACUAAUAAUUCUUCAAGAAGUAUGGUAGUUUCAAAGGAACGUCUGCUGAAGGCGUUAGAAUUUAAGACCAAAGCUAUACUCAUCUAA